UGCCGCCGCCGCCGCCCCGCGGAAAGCCCGUCGGGACCCGCCGCUCCCUCGGCCUCUCCCCCUUCUCUAUGGCCCAGGCCGCCGUCGCCGGGCAACGCGCCCUCUCUACGGUGCGGCGGGCGGGAUGUGGCGGCUGCUGCUGGGCCGCGGCCUGGGCCGCUGCUGGCCGCCCCCUGCCCGCCCCGCCUGCGCCGCCGGCCCCGCCACCCCGCCGAACGACAGCCGCGGGUCCAGCCCCGAGCGAGCGCCCGGUUGUCAGAAUGGACAAGGAGGAGGAAGGCAGCAGCCCCUGCCAGGCCUGGUGCCCCGCUACUCGGUGCUGGAGGCAGUCACCUGGGGAGCGCUCGGUGCGCUGCUUCUGCAGCUGGUCAGACAGGUCUCGUGGCUGAGAUCGCUGCCGGACGCCAGGAGAGAGCACAGGUCUCUCUGGCUCUCUUCAUUGCCCUCUCAGCAGACAGGGGUGACUGAAGCCUCAACCAGCUGUCCCAGUGCGCAGCUGGGGUCCCGCUUCCAGCAGGAAGCAAGUCCAGAGGUCGUAUCAGAGAACUCAUCCUCAGGUAUCCCCUCAGGGCAAGGAGAGAGCCAGCCCUGGGCAGAAGUGGGGCAGUUCCGCACCUCUGAGAGCUCCAGCCUGGGGACAGUUCUCUGCACUCCAAAGGGUGACCCAGCUCAGCGAGGACGUUUAGAGGAAGCUGCUUUCCAGUUGCAGCAGAUUUUCCGGAUUGACAUUUCCAUUGCAUUGAAUAUCCUCGGGAUUGAAAGUAUGAGAGCGGGCCAUUACAGGGUAGCCUAUACCUGCUUUAAACUGGCAGCGGAUCGAGGCUACAGCAAAGCCCAGUUCAACGUGGGUCUGUGUUACGAGCAUGGCAGAGGCACGGAAAAAGACUUGGAAAAGGCAGCUUUUUAUUACUACCACGCGGCCAGCGGCCGUCACCCCAUGGCACAGUACCGCUACGCUCGAUACCUCUUGUGCCACAGACCUGAAAAUGAAUGGGACAGGCAUCAGAAAGCAGUGACUCUGCUGGAGCAAGCAGCUACGGCCGGGAUUACAGAGGCACAGGCUUAUCUUGGGGUGUUCUACAUGAGGGGGCUGCAACCCAAGGAAAAGAGAGGUCUGAAGUACCUGCUGCUGGCAGCGAAGAACGGUGAUGCCCAAAGCAGGUAUCAUGUGGGCGUUUGCUAUGAGAAGGGCCUUGGAGUGCAGCAGAACCUGGCAGAAGCGAUGAAGCACUACCGACAGUCAGCUGCUGCGGGGAACAGGAACGCCCGGGAGAGACUGCGAGUGUUAGAAGAGGAGGUGAAAGAUGUGCAAACAAAGCAUCCCUUCCCUUCCGGAAUAAGAGCCUCUUCCUCUAGCCCCUGUUUCUGGACUAUUGAGCGUGUGCCUGCGGGACUCCACGCCACCCAGCCAAGACAAUCUGCCCCCGCCCUGCCCCACUCUUGGAGCGCAGAUGGACUCCACAUGAUGAUGCUCGGCGGUGCAGGAUGGAGCCGUGCCCUCGGAAACGGGGCAACGUCACUGGAGCUGCAGUGCUUGGAGCCCCACCACUGCUGUUUCUAGAGCAGUCGCCACCAAGCUGCCUACAGAACAGGAGCACCGUCUUCCAGUCCAAGGCUCUUCCCACGCGCCGACAGCUGCCGCAGAAGCCCCGAGCCUGUUUCGUUGUGGACUUGGACCUUCUGGGACAAAAUCAUUUCAAAGAGGGUGCUCAUUUCUGAAAGGAAAGUGCUGGCCAGUCUCGUCCCAGCGGCGUUCGAGUCAGACCCAGCACCUUUGCCGAAGGUUUCAAAGGUCCUUGGUUUCUCCUGCCUCGCAGCUUCCUCAUCCUGAGGUGAAUGCGGAGAGUCGGGGGAGAAGACGUUGUCCUUGUAACUACUGGUGAGCGGCAAGGAGAGCCGAGCCACCCAGGCCGGGUCAGCAGCCGUCAGCCUCUUGAGGGCCAGCUCUGCAGGGAGCGAAAACAAGAACUGUUGGUGAGACGUGGAGUGGACGAGAGGGGAAAAAAAAAAAAAGAAAAAAAAAAGCACAAAAGAAAGACAAAAAAAAUACUGAGAGAUGAGGAGACUUCCUGAAAUCAACUGUGAGAGGACUGAUUGUAACAAACAAACUAGAACCGGCUUAAAGCUACUGGAGGUUUUGUGUUGGGUUGUUGGGUUUUGGUUUUUUUUAAUAUAAUAACCAUUACGAUCGCUUUGCUUUCUCAUUUAUUGCAGCCUCAAGUGGCGCUUCACUAAAUUGUGAGCAAAGCCGGGGCAAGCGAGGGUUUAGGACUGACUAAAGGGGAGAUGACAAUGGAAAGCUUUCGAGGGGGAAGUAUCGGACAGAAAGAAGGUCACUAGUGGACUUCCCUUAAGGGUCACUCUCAGGUGGGAAUUUGCUGCUAAGCCAGCAUAUUGAGUCCGCGAAGAAACGGGUUAUUACAAAAGCAAUAAUAACAGAAGCGGAAUUAAAUUCUGGAUUAUAAAAUGCACAGCUGGAUGGUAGAAGACUAGUAACAAAAAAAAUUGAGCUGUAAAGUUCAUCAAUUAGAGAAACAGAUGAGGAGCAGCGGGAGCCUGGUGUGGGUGGUGGCUGCGGGCUCGUUAAUGUACCAGUAAUGCGAUUCUGCCCCGAAACGGGCAAAUGAAAUCAGACAAUGUGCUGGUCAAGCUAUUCCCUGUUGGCGCGAAGACAUAGCCGUGGCAUUGUCACUAGGUCUGGCGAGACCUGGUUGGGAGCGUUACGUACAAAUCUGAUGAUCCCUCUGUAGGGAAGAGGAUCUGAAAAGACAGAAGUGCAGAGGGAACUACUGAGGUGGGAACAGGAGCGGGUCCAGGCUUAGAUGACGGACGCCCCAAGAGGUAGGGAUUGCUUAGCCUAAGGAAGCAAGCGCUCACUGGGGAUCCGGCUGCAACCUGUCAUUAUUUUGAUGGGAUAAGCACCGACAAAGGAAAUCUUUAUGCUUAAAAUAGCGUUGGCAAAAGAAGAAGUGAUUAUAACUGUCCAUGAAUAGACAUAAACUGGAAAUGAAAGGAAGGACCCCAUAGCAGGGUGAGCCUGGAAUAGCUUCCUCAUCAGACGGCAGGAAAGGAAACGGGGGUUCUUGUUUUUUAAAGUAGAGCUUUGCAGUUGGUAAACAAGGCUCCGUGAUGGGAUGCACAGACGCCGCCGUCCAGCCCCGCGUCGCUGCGUUUCCACAGCGUAACCCGGAACCACCGGGAGGUUGGAGGCGACCGCCGGCUCGUGAAACGCCGUUGAGUCGGAGGGCAGCAAAACAUAUCGCUGGCGUCUGGUAACAAAACACCAAAAACCCCGGCAGUCCCAACCAGAUAGCAAGAGCUGGUGUUAUUAUAAUGAUUUUGUGGCUCUGACUUAUAAAGUGCCCUCCCAGAGGAGGGUCCCCGUACUCAUGCACUUAAUGCUGCUGCCAGAAGGUAAUCGAUACCCUGCCACCGCCUGGGACACGUGGUCCUCAGUCACUGGCAGGGGCCCUCAAUCACUGAGACAAGUCUCCUUCCUCAGCCAGCUAAGUAAUUAGUCCUUUUUCUCUAAAAAACAACUCUGUCCUGGGGUGGGAUGGGGGUGAGGGUUGGGAUUCAAACCUAGUGGGGAGAAAAGGGCAAGUACAUCGCUUCGAUUUUGUUGCAGCUGAAGCCCCAAAAUUCUCUUGUGUUGCUUAACUUCCAGGAUUUCUUUCUGCAAUCGCAGUAUUUUCUUUCCGUCGCGGUGACUGUUCUUUAUGAGAUCUCCCAAGCGUGCUGAAAUCCCACAUUUUUGCUCUAAAACAUUCACAGUUGUCUGCUCCUCGGGCUGCGAGAAGCAUUCCCUGAAUAUUUUGACGCUUCGGCUCUGGAGCAGAGCACAGCAGCAGUCCGCUCGCUGCGGGGAGAACCGAGACGCUGUAGGCUGAUGGUCCUGUGACCAUGAAACCUUGUAAUUAG